CUGGCUGCCUCCUGUUCAAUUGCUCUGUGCACGGACACUGCCUGCCUGCCUGUCCACCUGCCCAGCCUGGGGAUGAGGACCCAUCUGCUGUGGUUGCUGCCUCUGCUGCUGCUGGCACGGCCAGCCCACAUGCUGACAUGUCAUGAGUGUAUGGCUAUGAGGAACUGCUUCCAGCCCACAUCUUGCCCAAAUGGCACACGCUACUGCCUGACCACGUGGAACAGUCUCCCCAACCAGAAAACGCUGGUGAUAAAGUCCUGUGCUUACACCUGCCCUGGCUACCAGGAGAGCUUGGCUCAGUCCAGGGCCUCCUGCUGCAACACUGACGUCUGCAAUGGGUCAGCACGCCACAGCGGCUUCUGGGGGCUGCUGGCCCUCAGCCUCGGGGUCGCCAUCCUCUGCACGUAGCCGUGGGGCUCAGCCCUGGGAACAUGCCAGGGCCCCGGGCUUAGCCCUGUCCCCUUGGAACCAUGACUGGCAGUGUGGCCUCAGGCGAGGCGACUCCUGCAGAGAAGCACAUAGGAGACCUGUGAACUUUAGUCUGGCUGGAGACUCUGCGCACAGAUGCUGGUGACGCGACCGUCCAGAGGGGCCCGAGAGGUGGCCUCCUGCCGGCUUCCAAGGCAGCACCCUGGGACCCCGUGCCGGGCCUGAGGCUGGCACCCUGGAGGUUUCUGGGGCCCCUGGGUG